CUUUGUCCACUGUCUGACCACCCGGAAAGGCUGUGGAGGGGUUAGCUGUCUCUCAGGAGUUUUUCGAUAUUAUUCUUCAAAUCAUGGGAUAGAAGCGGAACUUGUCCCAGUGGUUUCUACUAUUGGAUUGGAUUGGUUGGUCUAUGACCGUGGAGCCCUCUGUGCACUUUACCUCCCAUCUCUGCAGGCUUUUACCACAGGAAUAGCGCAUGUGUGCCUGUUUGUGUAUCCGUCCAGCAUGAGGUCUGCUUCAAAUAUCCUUGAGUCUGGCAAUAGGAGUGGAUCAUCAUGAGAGGGGGUCACCAUCAGCGAGGCUGUGGCUGUCAGCACCUGUUCAGAAAACUCCUCAGUAAAUGUGGCUGCUGUUCUGUUCGGGUCAGAGCAGAGUCGUACUCUGUGGCAGGCAGUACCGGCAGCAUCACCCCAUCAUCAGUGGGCCAUGUGCCCCACCAGGCCUCAGGCGGCUCCAGCCCUGGCUCGCACUCCUCGGCUGGAGGACCACGGCACCCUGUCAGCACUCUGAAGAAAUGGCUUACCAAUCCCGUCCGCAAGCUGGGCGCUGACGCCAAAGGAGGGGGGGGAAGAAUCGAGAAGCAGAUGUGCAGUUUAGAGAGGAGGCAGCCGCCAUUGCUACUCUCCCAAUGUGAAACACAGCGGAAGCCUCUGGAACCGCACGACAACAACACCAUCCUCCUGUCGGGAGAUACGGUGUGGACAGACGGUGUGUCGAGUCCUACAGCUCCUCCAACAGAGACGCCCUGUCAGAGACACUUAUCUGACCUCCUGCAAGACACAGACACUCAGACUUCAAGUCAGAGAUCCAGCAUCAACCCUUUCCAAGGUAAAGACGUCGGCUCUGUGAGUGACGACUCAGGGAGCCAGUGGUCCGGCACAGUGGACAGCGAAGAGGAGAGAAACAUUGCCCUUGAGAAGAGCAUAUAUGUGCUGACAGAGCUGAUAGAGACGGAAAGGUUGUAUGUGGACGAUCUUGGACUCAUAGUGCAGGGGUAUAUGAGCACUAUGGUCAAUCAAGGAGUUCCAGAGGACCUGAAAGGGAAGGACAGGAUUGUGUUCGGAAACAUCCAGCAGAUCUAUGACUGGCAUAAGAAAUAUUUCCUGGGGGAGUUGGAGAAAUGUGUGGCUGAUCCAGACAGCCUGGCCCAGCUCUUCAUCAAGCAUGAACGGCGUCUUCACAUGUAUGUGGUUUACUGUCAGAACAAACCCAAAUCAGAACACGUUGUCUCUGAGUUCAUUGACACAUACUUUGAGUAUCUCAGGCAGCUGUUGGGCCACAGGUUGCAGCUCAAUGAUCUGCUCAUCAAACCUGUUCAGAGGAUCAUGAAGUAUCAGCUACUGCUGAAGGACUUUCUGAAGUACUACAGCAAAGCAGGAAAGGAUGUUGAGGAGUUGCAGAGGGCAGUGGAGGUGAUGUGCUUCGUGCCAAAACGCUGUAACGAUAUGAUGAAUGUAGGCCGGCUCCAAGGUUUUGAGGGUAAAAUCACGGCUCAGGGGAAGCUGCUGCAGCAGGAUACCUUUUGUGUCAGCGAACAGGAAACCGGCUUCCCAUCCAGAGCGAAGGAGAGAAGGGUCUUCCUGUUUGAGCAGCUGGUCAUCUUCAGCGAGCCAAUCGAUAAGAAAAAGGGCUUCUCUUUGCCUGGGUACACUUUCAAAAACAGCAUAAAAGUCAGCUGUUUGGGUGUGGAGGAGCAACCUGAGCAAAAUCCAUUCUCCCUGGUCCUGACCUCCCGCGGGACUGAUGGCAGUGUGGCGCGCUUCAUCAUGCAGGCAUCAUCGCCGGAAAUACAGCAAGCUUGGCUCGAUGACGUGGGCCAGAUCUUAGAGAACCAGCGCAACUUCCUAAAUGCCCUUCAGUCCCCAAUAGAGUACCAACGGAGGGAAAGCAAGUCGAGCAGCCUGGGCAGGAACGCGAAGUCUCCAACUGCGCCAGCGUCUGGUCUGCGUCCUCACUCCUCUGCAUCCAUGGGCCGGCGGCCGCAGACCCGCCCGCUGUCUUACAACACCUCCCUGCCCUCUCUGCAUCCCCCGCAGCACAGCCCGGCCUCCAGGGUGUUUGUGCACGGAGGGGAAACAGGCCCGCUGGGCCUCCAACGGCCUGCCGGCCUGCAGCCAGCGCAGCAUGCAGGUACAUUAACCUGUCUUCACACAGUGGUGAAAGGGUUUUUCAAAUUCCUAAGUAGAAGUGGUAAAAGGAACCGUUUAAAAGGGUGGGACCGCCAGUUUCCAGGCGAUCGCAUUAGACAAGACUUCCCAUCAACCAAACAAUCUUGAUGAGCUGAAGGAGAGUGAGCAGUAACAACCUUUCUGAUGCAGGACCGAGUCAGAGUGCUCCGUCAGCCAUAUCCCUCCAUAAUACCUUCAAAUACCAAAAUGCAUUAGGUAAACCCAGAUUUAAUAUUUGUGAUCCUGUUUGUUUGAUUGUGUCUAUUAACUCUCAACAUUUUCAUGUCUGCAGCUGUUGACAUGAGGUGAAAAGUAUGCUGAAUUUCCUAUUGUAUAUGUAUAUAUUUCUUACUUUUUUCAUUGAAAAUACAUUAAUGGAUAUUUUUGUAAUGCUUCAUAUUUUCAUAAGGAAUCGCUUCCAUUUCCUUCCCCCCGAGGA